AUAUAAACUAGAUACUAAAUAAGUAGCUGAAUCAGUUUUGAUUUAGCAGCUAAACGUGUUGAAGCAGAGGACAAGAACGAGUGAUAAUUUUGUGAUAAUGAAGCUGUGGAUUGGAUUACUACUAGUUGGGCUAGCCAUUGAAGGUCGAGCCCAGCUUACCUGUUUUGUGUGCAACGAUUGUCCGGAUCCAUUCGAAACUUCAGCAACGCAAUUUCCAUGUCCUGCAACAGACACAACAACGACCCUCUUACCUCCUCCAGUGAUAACACCGCCAACAACUACCCUGGCACCUGGAGAGACUACGACCGUGGGUCCUGUCACCACAACGACCGUGGCUACGACCGGAGGGCCUAUCAUCACCCCGCCACCGGUUGGACGACGAAAGAGACAAACAGUCACACACCAGUGCUUUAUUCUAGAGGUUAACAACUUGUCCACCCAGCGUGGUUGCACCGUUUUCGAUACCGAUGAAGCUACCACUUGUCGAAAUUUGAAUGGAGGUGUUAAUCCACUCGGCACAUGCCGUGUUUGCAACUGGUCUGGUUGCAACAGUGCAAGCGGAGUUACUUUGUCUAUCGCUACUUUACUGGCAGCACUGCUUGUUGCAAUGAAGUUGUUCUAAAUCAGACUACUAUUCACUGCCAAGUAGCAGCGUGUGCCAAUCUCCUAUCGUCUGUGUGAACGUGAAUGCGAUUCCGUGGAUACAUUUGUUGGUUUCUAAUAAAGCCAAUUGUUCGAAUGCUCAUAUUAAGUGCUGCUAUCUAGUCUUGUUUAGUAUCCAAACCCCCUGUGGAUAAAUGUUGCUUUCCCAUAAAAACAUUCUUAUACAGUGUAAAAGACACUGCUUUUGUUGACGUGAUUCUAAUAAAACGAUGUUUAGACCUUUCAA